AUGCCCCGAGUCCCGACCGCGAAGACCUUCAAGCCUACAACUGCCACGCCUCAGGCGGCUGCCAGUAGAUACUCUACCGUCCCAAGAAAUUCCUCAUCAGCCCACGUCAACAACUCUAAGUCGUCGACUAAGGAGAACAAACAACCAUCGGCGCUUAUCUCAUCUCACCCUACUACGGUUACCACCGCCACUUCCUCGACUUGCUCUUGCAAUGGAAGUAAAGCGGUACUAUUCGGACCAAAGACAGAAAUCGAAUUUAUCAUCGAAAAAUACCGGUUUCACCCAAGCCGUUUUACCAUCCGAGAGCCUAGAGGAGUACCAAAACGAGCCACGAAACGCGAGCGAAGACACCACGAAGACGAGAUUUCGAUGCAUCUUGAACUGAACAAGAACAAUUUAGAAAGCGGAACCAAGGAUCUCGGUGCAAACUACGUUUGCCGACCCUACUAG